UACAAAAACUUUUAAGAAUUUAUUAGAAGAAAAUCCAUACGGAAAUGACCUUAUUGUAAAAAAAAAGAAUGCAUUUUGCAUGUAAAAAAACGUAUGUACAAACGUGUAAAAGAUGCAAAAAAAUGCUUACUUAAUACAAAAAAGCGCAAAAGCAAUUACAAGUAACUCCAAACAAAAGUACUCAAAAAAAAACAAACGAGCCAAAAACAAUUCAAUUGACAAAUAAAAAAAUGGAAGAAAUGUCGGUUUAUUACGGAUUGGCUAUUCAAAGACACGCUGAUUCUAUUGAAGAUAUGAGAAAAGCUGUGUGGGCGACAUUUUAUCACAUGACUUCUACGGACGAAAAUCCGCAACACUCUUACUGCCCAAAGGGACCGAAAUCUUGGUGCAAGUGGCAGCAACUCAAGACAGUAAAUCAAGAAGCAAGUUAUAAACAUCCACCAGCAUUUGAUGAUAAAGUUGCAGCUUUGAUUAAGCCUAUUUAUGAAGACUUAUCGUCCGAGGAUCUUUUAGAAAGAUGCUUGGGGGCAAACACUCAAAAUAAUAACGAAUCUUUCAACGCUUGCGUGUGGAAUUUGGUUCCCAAACACGUUUUUACUGGAAAAAAAUAUUAGAAAUUGCCACACUUACAGCAGCAUGCAUCUUUAAUAAAGGUUUUAAACCUUCAAUUAAAAUAAUGGAACUUAUGGGUGUGACAAUCGGUCCGCAAGCUAUAAAUUUCAUGGAGACGCACGACGAAACGCGCAUAACAAAGGCGGAGCACUGUAGCACUGCGGCUUCAAAAGAGGCCAGAGCAGCUUUGAGGGCGGCUAGGGCAGAAGAAAACGAUGCCUUUGAGGAAGCUGAAGGCCUAUUGUAUGGAGCAGGCAUAGCCGAUUAGUAUGACAGUGUGAGCUGAAAUCACUUGCACCGCUGACAAUGCUUUUUUUAAGGCACUAUCUUUGACUUCAGAAAGCAUACACAAAAUAUUAAUAAAUUAUGACCAAAAAAUUUUUUUUUAAGCUACAAGAUGCAAGUAAUAACAUAUAAAAAGA